AUGAGCAGCAAUAAAAGCCAAAAGGGGAAGAAAUCAACAUCGAAUACAAAAAGAUCUGAUGAAUGGAGCUUUCAUCAAAUGAAUGUUCCUGAUCAGUACUACAUCGACCCUGCUUCAAACCGUCGAUUAAGGUCGAAAAAAGAAGUGCAGCAUUACCUUGAGACGGGUAUGCUAAAACGACCGGCGGGCACUGCAGAAAAUUUUUACAUAAAACAGACCCCUUUGAGCAGCAGUACUAAAAGCCAAAAGGGGGAGACAUCAGCGUCAUCCAAUACAGAAAGUUCCGAUGGAUGGAGCUUUGAUAAGGUAAAUGUGCCUGAUGAGAUUAGAUGGUCACUAACCGAUGCAACCAAUGACAAGUGGUGUGCGAUUAGUGGCAACGAAAUUGUAUCGGAAUCAACAACCCUUGUGUGGAAAGCUUAUUAUUUCCUUGUCGCUAACCAAUAG